ACAAAACGCCAACGCAGCAGCAGCAGACAGCAACAGCAAUACAGCAGCUGCAGCAAGCGAUAGCCCGAGAAUAGCAAAUACGUCCUCGACCACGAAAAUUACGUUACUGCCCGCGGCAUAUCAUCCUCAACCACCUCCACCUCCGUUCUCACUCUCUCUCCUCUCUCUCUUCUUUCUCUCUCUGCUCUCUGCAACUUCCGAAGAAGAACGAAGAACGAAGAAAGCCCUUCCUUCCUCGACUCUCCGAACGAUCUGGUAUCGACCGCCAUUUCGCGAGGCGCAUUCCCUUGGGCCCCCUUUAGAUCUCGCGUCGUCCCGGAAUGGGUAGCAAAUGGAGGAAGCUCAAGCUCGCCCUCGGCUUCAACAGCGGCGGCGCCUGCCUCUACGUCCCCCACACCCUCGACGACCCCCCUCCCUCCUCCUCCUUCGCCGCCUCCGUCGCCUCCGCCGCCUCCUCCGCCGCCAACUCCGCCGCCAGGUUCUCCGACGCCGCCUCCCUCUCCCCGACCGACCGGUCCCUCUUCCGCCUCCCCAGGACGCCCACCCCCUCGUCCUCCGGCCUCCGCUUGCCCAAGUCCUCCUCCCCGAGAGGGUCCAAGAGGACCUGUGCGAUAUGCCUAAACACAAUGAAACCAGGAGAGGGCCAUGCUAUUUUCACUGCGGAAUGCUCCCACUCUUUCCACUUCCAUUGCAUUACCUCAAAUGUGAAACAUGGAAACCAAGUGUGCCCUGUUUGUAGAGCAAAGUGGAAUGAAAUUCCCCUUCAGAAACCUACUUCUGGCCAUCCGAAUGGAAGGUCAAGAAUUGAUCCACUAGGUCGGGCACAAGAUGAUGGAUGGAUGACUGUUUUGCCCCGGAUACAUCAGACCAGGUUAGAUGGUGGUAGGCCGAUCUCAUCACAUCUACAUGGCCCUGAGCCUAGUCGUUUUGACGAUGAUGAACCAUUGGAUCGUGAACCAGAUAACAGUGAGGAAAGUACAUUGGAUACUCCUGAUGUCUGUAACACUUCUUUCGGGACUAUGGAGGUCAAGAUGUACCCAGAAGUUCCAGCUGUCCCGAGAUCAACAUCUACUGAUAAAUUUAAUGUUCUAAUCCAUAUUAAGGCUCCCCAGGCCAAUAAGAGACAGGAUAUCGGUGAAACUCAGGCCGAAUCCCUGCAAACUCAGAAUUCUCGAGCUCCUAUCGACUUAGUAACCGUGCUUGAUGUAAGUGGCAGCAUGGCCGGUAGUAAACUUGCUUUGUUGAAACGAGCUAUGGGGUUUGUAAUACAAAACCUUGGCCCAUCUGACCGUCUCUCAGUCAUCGCCUUCUCCUCCACAGCACGUCGUCUCUUUCCUCUGCAGAGGAUGACAGAUAUCGGGCGGCAGCAGGCUUUACAGGCUGUUAAUUCUCUGACUUCAAAUGGUGGGACCAAUAUUGCCGAAGGCUUGAAGAAAGGUGCCAAGGUCUUAUCAGACCGAAAGUGCAAGAAUCCUGUGGUUAGCAUCAUCUUAUUGUCUGACGGACAAGACACGUAUAAUGUCAGCAGUCCAGGUGCUUCGGGUGCUACCCAUUAUCGAGGAGCUCAGCAGUCUCUCUUCUCCCUGGCAGUCUUACAGAAAGAUGGCACAGGUUUGCAGAUUCCUGUACACACAUUUGGGUUUGGCACGGACCAUGAUGCUGCCAUGAUGCACUCGAUUGCUGAAGGAUCUGGGGGCACAUUCUCCUUCAUAGAAGCUGAAGAUGUCAUCCAAGAUGCAUUUGCACAAUGCAUAGGUGGACUUCUCAGCGUAGUCAUACAAGAGCUACAGGUGAAGGUUGAAUGUGCGGACCUGAGUUUGCAAUUCAGCUCAAUUAAAUCUGGAAGUUACCGAAGCACCUUGUCAUCUGAUGGAAGGGCGGGAUCCGUUGAUGUUGGGGAUCUAUAUGCUGAAGAAGAACGGGAUUUCCUUGUGACAAUCAAGAUUCCAGUAGAUGAGUCUGGUCAUGAGCUGUCAUUGCUGAAGGUUAUAUGUGUUUACAGAGAUCCUAUCACAAAAGAGUUUGUGAGAUUGGAAGAAGGUAGUGAAGUAAAGAUCCAGAGGCCAGAAACAGCUGAGCCGCAAGUGGUAUCCAUGGAAGUGGAUCGGCAACUCAACAGACUCCGCGCAGCCGAAGCAAUGGCAGAGGCUAGGGCUGCUGCUGAACGCAGUGAUAUGGCAGCUGCAGUCUCAAUCUUGGAGAAUUGUCGGAGGGUUUUGUCCGAAACUGUCUCUGCACGAGCUGCUGAUCGCUUAUGUACUUCCCUCUGUGCAGAACUGAAGGAGAUGCAGGAUAGAAUGGCCAAUCGCCGUGUAUAUGAGGCAUCCGGUAGAGCUUAUGUGCUCUCAGGAUUGAGCUCCCACUCAUGGCAGAGGGCAACUGCACGAGGCGAUUCAACAAAUAGCGAUAGUCUCGUCCAAGCUUACCAGACCCCGACAAUGGUUGACAUGGUCACCCAAUCUCAGACCAUAAUUUUAGGGAAUCCAAUGCCUCGGAGGAAACUUCGGCAGGCUCUAUCGUUUCCUGGACCUCGUCCAAGGGAGAAAAAGAGAGUGGAUUAUGGGGUUUGAUUUGUCGGUGGAGUUAUUUGAGUGCAUAAGAUGCCUAAUGAAAUCCAUCUGCAGAAAGUGAUAAUUCUUGAUCGUUUAAGAAAAGGGUCGAUCUAAUCGGGUCAUUGAUGUGAAGCAAUUAGUCUUAUUCUUGCAUCUAGUCACUCGAAAGUGACUGAGCAUUACUUAUUUGUGUUUGAGGCGACUGAUGAUUGAUGUCAUGAUCGAUUUCGCCCUGGGAAGCGCCCUGAACUGAUCAUGCUGUUAUGAUUCAAAAGAUCCUGGUCGAAUCGGGAAGUUAAUCCCAGCUCUUGAAUUAUCCGCGCGGUGAUAAAGCGCAUUCGUUUUA